AUGGCCGGCUUCAGAGCUCCCUAUCACGCUUCCCUCUCCUCCUCGAGUGUCUUGGAUAUGGACCGACAAGCGCCGAGCAGCCAGCAGACGACAUUUCCCUAUCACACGCAUGGGCAUGGACACGGGCAUGGGCAUGGGCCGUCGCACUUUAGCUCGUCACCGCACUCGGCGUUCCACUCGAUCGACUCACCGUACCCACCGUAUGCGACAAAGCAGUCCAUGUCUGACUUCAGCACGACCCUCGGACACGGCGACCCGGACCCCGAGAGUGCGACGAUCGACGCCGUGAACCAACACCAUGCGCCUGACUCGGGCGAGGAUCCGCCGAGCGGGAGAACAGCCACACUCCUCGCCCGCCUCCGACGACUCGUUCCCAACUCGUUCUACUGUCGAUUGUAUCUCCUUGUUGUCCUUGUCGAGUCCACCAUCGAUGUGGUCAUCGAGGGCAUCAUCUACCUCAAGAUGAAGGAUGCCUUGGACGGCCUCGAGGCGGCCAGCUCGACAGACAAGCAGGCAAACGAUCUCACUAUCAAGAGGUUGCCGGUCUACCUUGGGAUAUUUGCCUUUGCCCACGUCUAUCAAUUCAUUCUUGCCAUGUUUGCCGUCCAUCAGCGGAAUAUCAUGCAAUUUGUUUUUCUGGGUCUCUUCAACAUGGCGCUCCUCACCUACUCUGUCAUCCAAAUAUCCGAAAUUCGUGUCAAAUCCGACGUCGUCAUCAAGGAGGCUUCCCAACAAAUCGUCAAGAUCCUCACUUCUACCAUCCCCUGCGUAAUUUCACUCGCACAGAUAGUUUAUGUCGGCCUUGCGUGGAAAAUCUAUCAGGAAUUUGGCUGGAAGGUCUACAAACUUCUUGGCGCGGAUAGGCUUGUCAAGAAGAUGUAUGCGCAUUAUCUCUUCUACGAGUGUCUCAUCAAAUUUGACGGCUUCUUUUGGGUCGGCUUUUCCUAUCUGGCCCUAGUUCUCAGUCCUGGAGAUGUCGAGUACUACCUCACAAUGGCCAUGACCCCCGGUUGUUUCUUGAUAUUGCUCGUUGGCCACCUGGCAGCCCGCCACGAAAACAAAUGGAUGAUGAUUAGUUUCUUCUUGGGAUGCUUGUGCGCCUUGAUUUAUUUCACCUACAAGCUUUACCGCAUAUUCAGCCUACGAGAGUUGCCCGACUACAUUGGUGUGUGGAAGAGUCAUUCAAUUUUUGCGGCGAUUUCAAUCCUUUUCUUGUUGAUUACUUUUGGAUCGGGAUUGUUGGUGUGGAACAAUUUCGGCAAGGGGUUAAAGAAGCAGAUGGACAAGGCAGACCAUGCCAAGAAGCAAGCAGAAAACAUGGGAAUAAGCGGACACAAGCGAACGGGAACCGUUGCGUCCAGUUAUAUGAUGAAUGGCACAAACGGGCCAAAACGGAAUAACCGCAUGAGCAUCGAGUAA